AUGGCGUCCGCAGGAGACAAGGACGCGGCUACCGAUAGCCCAAGGGGGCUCGUAUUCGGUGGUUCUCAUUCACGAGAACAUUCAACAUCAUCUGGUGCGAGGUUGAGGUUAGAGGAACCUAAAAAGAUGUCAGCAAUGAGGGCAUACAUGCGAAUUUUCACCCAUCUCGACCCCAAGGACAUCGUUUUGGAACUCAUCGCCGUCGCCGCAGCGGCGGUGUCAGGCACUGGACUGGCUCUUGUCAACCUCGUCCUGGGACGGUUGAUUACAGUUAUCACUAACUUCAUUUCUGGCAUCUCGACAAAAGAACAGUUCAUGGACGAUGUCAUCAAGCACUGUCUAUACUUCGUCUACAUCGGUGCAGGACGUAUGGUAUGUACGUACAUAUACAUGACUUUGUCGACUUAUACGGCCUUCCGUAUGGUGCGCAAUGUUCGCCGUCGGUUUCUGCAGGCAGCCUUGAGCCAAAGUAUUUCCUUCUUCGACAUGAACUCCAACUCCGUCUCGACACAAGCUGCAACCAAUGGAAACCUUAUACAAUCGGGUGUCGCCGAAAAGUUGAUGAUUUGCGUUCAAGCAGCCAGCACUUUCAUCUCUGCCUUCGUUAUCGCCUUCACAUCUUAUUGGAAGUUGACAUUGAUACUGACGUGCGUUCCACCCGCGCUCAUCACCGUCAUCGGUACUGUGGCUACUCUCGAGGCCAAAAUCGAAACACAAAUGCUUGAUGUGUUCUCCGAGGCUGCAUCGUAUGCCGAAAGCCUCAUAUCUACCUUGCGUACGGUUCAAGCUUUUGGAAGCCGAAUCAGGUUGCUGUCGCAUUAUGAAAUAUUUCUCAACAAGGCGCAAAAGAUGGGCGCCAAGAAGAGUCCUCUCUAUGGCGCACUUUUUAGUAUGGAAUACUCCAUCAUGUAUGCGGCCAUCGGACUUGCCUUUUGGCAGGGGACCAAAAUGAUAGCCAGAAAUGAGGUUGCCGACGUUGGUGCCGUUUUCAUAGUAAUCAUGUCUGUAAUUGUUGCGACUUUGACCUUUACGAUCAUUGCCCCAUACAUGAUCACGUUCCAACGUGCCGCUACGGCUGCCACACAACUAUUCGCCCUAAUCGAUCGCAAGAACGACAUGAACCCGUUUGACCAGCAUUCGGGUGAAAAGCCAGCUGAGGCCUUCGUGACUGGCGAAGUUGACCUUCAGAAUAUCACCUUCAGUUAUCCUGCUCGGCCAGGUGUUACGGUGUUGGACGAUUUCACGUUGAGAAUACCUGCGGGGAAAGUCACCGCUCUUGUGGGCGCUAGUGGAUCGGGGAAAAGUACCAUUGUAGGUCUCUUGGAGCGAUGGUACGAACCCGCAUCUGGAAGUAUCAAGUUGAACGGUAUCCCUAUCGAGAACCUAAACUUGACGUGGCUGCGAACGCACAUUCGACUGGUGCAACAAGAGCCAGUUCUUUUCAAUGGGACUGUGUUUGAAAAUAUCGCUAAUGGUCUCGUGGGGACACCCUGGGAAAACGCCUCUGCGGAAGAACAGCAAGACAGAGUUGAAAAUGCAGCCAAACUUGCAUUUGCCCACGAGUUCAUUACAGAAAAGCUUCCCGAAGGCUACGACACCAUUAUCGGAGAGCGUGGCGGUCUUCUCUCAGGCGGCCAGAAGCAAAGAAUCGCCAUUGCCAGAAGUAUAAUUUCGGAACCCAAAAUCCUUCUUCUCGAUGAAGCCACUAGUGCUCUUGACCCGCAUGCCGAAGGGGUGGUCCAAAAGGCACUGGAAAGUGUUUCAAAGAACCGAACAACCAUCGUCAUUGCACACAAGUUGGCAACUAUUCGAAAUGCAGACAACAUCGUUGUGAUGAAUAAAGGUCACAUCGUUGAACAAGGUACACAUGAAUCAUUAAUAAAAGCUGAAGGCACAUACGCACGUCUUGUACAAAUUCAGGACCUCACAGUGAAGGAAAAGGACGCAACCCAAAAGGAGCAAACCGAAUCUAUCGAAACAGCUACCGAGAAAGAAGACAGCGACCUUCAUAAUGUGUUGACAAACACAAAAACAGUUGAGCAGCAGCAAGACUCCCAGCCUCAAUCCCUGAAUGAUCGGUAUAACUUUGACAAGAUCCGUGAAAGAGGACUGAUAAAUGGAGUGUUGUCCCUUGUUCGAGAGAACCCAGAGCUAAGGUGGCACUUUUUGAUCAUAGGUAUAACCUGUGUUCUUGGCGCUGGCGCUUUACCUGGACAGUCCAUUUUAAUGGCUCGGGUUAUGGAUGUCUUUCGAUUUGAACCUCAUCGAUUAGAGGAGCGAGGUGCUUUCUAUUCGCUCAUGUUCUUCAUCUUGGGCCUUGGUACUUUCGCCAACUAUUUUACUCUCGGUUACGCUACCAAUGCGGCGUCCCAAAAGAUGCUGGUGAAGUACCGGAGAGACCUCUUGGAUGGCCUACUACGACAAGACAUGCAGUUCUUUGACCGCCCGGAAAACACCAUCGGCUCUCUGACGGGCCGAAUCGACAGCGUUGCUCAGGCUAUUUUGGAACUCAUGAGCGUCAAUGUGGUACUGAUCCUAAUAACUCUGUUCACCAUCGUCGCCUGUGCAACACUUUCAAUCGCGACAUCAUGGAAGCUUGGCCUCGUUGGCGUCUUCGCCGGUCUCGUUCCGCUGUCACUAGGAGGCUACGCACGCAUUCGUCUAGAGAUGAGAAUGGAUCAGAGCAACCAGAAGAGAUUCUCUGAAAGCGCCGCGAUUGCGUCCGAGUCCGUUCUAGCAAUUCGUACCGUCUCUAGCUUGGCUAUUGAAGGACGUGUUUUGAAACGGUACACUGAUGGGUUGGACCAAGCUAUCCAUCAAUCCACCCUGCCAUUGUUCCACAUGAUGAUAUGGUUCAGCUUCACCCAAUCCGUUGAAUACUUCAUCCUAGCUUUGGGAUUCUGGUGGGGCUGUACUCUUGUUAAAGAUGCUCAGAUUUCAUUCUAUCAAUUCUUCGUCAGUUUUAUGGGCGUAUUUUUCGCAGGCAAUCUUGCAAGCACGCUUUUCUCAUACACCAGCAGCAUCACCAAGGGGAAAGCAGCCACUCAUUUCUACCUAUGGGUGAAGUCUCUGCAGCCAACAGUUCAGCAGACUGAAGAGAAUCGUUUGGUUGUACCUGACAAAAAUGUCGAAACUAUUGAUAUCAAUGGUGUCAAAUUCAGUUAUCCUCUGCGACCGGACGUUCGAGUACUGAAGAAUGUUGAUCUUAACAUUCGCUCAGGAGAGUUCGUGGCUCUUGUAGGGGCCUCAGGAUGCGGCAAAAGCACCAUCGUCUCGCUCCUGGAACGAUUCUACGAUCCGACGUCGGGGUGUAUCAAUAUCGACAACGUCAAACUAGCCACUAUGAACCCAGACGCCUAUCGGUCUCAUGUGGCUUUGGUACAGCAGGAGCCAACACUGUAUCCAACAAGCAUCAGGGAAAACGUCUUACUGGGCCUCAAUUCUAGCCCGUCUUCAACAACCGAGUCCAUAUCGGAAGAUGAAGCGGUUGAAAAAGCUCUCCGAGCUGCCAACGCGUGGGAGUUUGUCAGCUCACUUCCUGAAGGCGUCAACACACUUUGCGGCACCAACGGAUCACAACUCUCCGGUGGCCAAAGGCAGCGGAUUGCAAUUGCCCGCGCAUUGAUUAGAAAGCCAAGGCUGCUGUUGUUAGAUGAGGCCACCUCAGCACUUGACACCGAGUCCGAGAAGAUUGUGCAAAAUGCGUUGGCCGAGUCUGACGCAGGCGAUCGGGUAACUAUAGCUGUUGCCCACAGACUUAGCACAGUGAAAGAGGCAAACCGUAUUUGCGUUUUUAGUGGUGGUAGAAUUGUAGAACAGGGCACUCAUGCGGAGUUAUGGGCAUAUGGAGGCGUUUACAAGCAGUUGUGCGAAGCUCAGAGCUUGGAUGCUUGA